UGCUGCUUGCAGUGAAAUAGGACAAGUUGACGCAUGUGUGGGAGCGCACAGAAAGGAGGAAUAAACGCAGACACAGUAGGCUCGGCUCUGUCGGGAAACGGUGCGUGUUAUUUUAGCUUGAAGAGAAGAAGCUCCAGAGGGAGAAAGAGAAAGGAAGAGAAUCAGAGUGCUAUCUUUCCUGUGGGGGGUGUUUAUUUAUCCACCCUGCAACCUCAACAAGAAAACGCAGCCUUUGCGGAAUAGUCACAUUGAAGACGACACGUGUCGAUGCUUAACCACAUGUUUCCUGGGUGGACUGUGGUCUAAUUUCUUUAUUGUACCCACCCUUUGAGUACAUAUCUACUUUAUUAUAUAUAUAUUUUCUGUUCUCCAGCCGGAGCUGCUGUAGUGAUGUCAGAGGUGGAUGUCUCUGCAGACUGUGACCCCAGCCGACCACCGGGGCGAACAGAGGACAUGUUGAAAGAGACCCAGGAGAGCAGGACUUUACUGAUGGUUGCUAUGAUUUUACUGGACUUAAACAAAUGCAACCCAAACGCGAUCAGCCCAGGGGACAGUAAAUGUCUCGGAGGCAGCGACGCCGGCACACAGGAGAAGAAGGAUGAGCGGGGGAGUUGCCGGUUGAACGCCGGGGACAGCCGGGGCUCGGUGGCACCCAAACAGCCCCGGAGCAAGAGGGCGGCUCCGGCCACAGCGAGGCAGGAGUCUCCUGAGAAGAGACACUGCUGUCCUUUUACAGGCUGUGGGAAGAUGUACGGCAAGUCGUCCCACCUCAAAGCGCACCUAAGGGUGCACACCGGUGAGCGCCCCUUCGAGUGCACCUGGCCAGACUGCGGCAAAAAGUUCUCCAGAUCAGACGAGCUGACGCGUCACUACCGCACACACACGGGCGAGAAGCGCUUCAACUGUCCACUGUGUGACAAGUGCUUCAUCAGGAGCGACCACCUGACCAAACAUGCCCGACGACACGCAGGCUUCCAUCCCAGCAUGCUCCAGGGCUCAAGUGUGGCCAAAAGACGCCGCUGCUCCGUGUCCAUGUCCUCUUCUGACUCUGGAGACCAAAGCCCCGUUGGGGUGUGAGACACACCCGCAAUACUGUACAUAUAUGUAUACAUAAAGGUACAUGCAAUAGAUACAAAGGCUUAAACAAACAUAGACACGCCCUUACGUGUAAAGGCGUGUGCAUCUUGACACAAAUCCCAUGAGAUCAAUCAACUCAACCAGUCAGACCACUACUUAAAAAGUCUUCUAUGCAUGUAACAUUGUGAAACAGCAAACAGAAACAUACGUCUGAACCUGAGUGUAAUCAAACUAGAACUAGACCCCUCUUAUUCCCGCAGGUGGUUGGUAUUUAUUGAGGGUUAAUCAGGGUCUGUCACACAGGUUCUACUUGCUUUUCCAUUUGUAAUUAAUUUACUUUGUGUUGUGUGAGUUGUUUUUUUUUCCCUGGAAGAGACUGUAAUCCAAGAGGCAUUCAUGUACAUGUAUAGUUUCCAUUAACACUACAUGUGUUUACUUUGCAUCCCGAUUUUUAUUUGCAGGAUAAGAUAUUCCUAGUGGGUUAGGACGUUUUGGGAAUAGUCCUUUAGUAAGUUUUAUUGUUUCAUAUACACACUCACACUUGUACAGUCACUCUCCAGUCCAGGACAAGGCGAAUGUACAGUAUAGCAGUAUUAUCAUGUAAAUAGAUUCAACAGAUUCACUUCCAGAUGGUUGAUAUACUCAGUACACUGUAGUCAAUUGUUAUUAGAGAGGAAUAAGACAAAGCUAUAAUAUAGAGAAGUGCAGCGCUUGGGUAUUUAAUUUCAUAUAUUUGGCUAUGGACAUAGUGAAUGAGGCUUAAUGUGAGCUUGUAGGUAUAGUUUGUUUGUACAGAUUGUUUCCUGUGUUGAAACAUAAAUGUUGUCACAUCACGAUAAUGUUGCAAUUAAUUGCACCAAAGUACUGUAGCAGGACUUUGGCAAGACCAUAGCAAACCUCACGGGGAAAAUACAUUUCAACAUCGCUUUUUCAGGCUCAGAUUCUGCCAGGAAAACACAACAGGGUAUAAAGCCUUUAAAAAGGUAAAGUUGCAGACUUUACUUUUUCACUUGCAGUUGAUGCUAAGACCACGAUGAUUCACAUCCAGUUUGUGAACUGUAAACAAGGAGGUCUGUGCCUUUUGAAGGGAUUUUGUAGCAGAGAGGAAUUUCUACAUUUUCAACUACCUGAAUGAACAUUGUCAGAUUCUUUAAGUUGAUAUUCAGCGAUACUUUGAAUAUCAAUGACUGUCUCUUACGCCAACAGUGCCAGUUGCUGUACAUUUAAACUAACUUUUGUUUACUGUGUAAGUGGACUGCAUUUUAUCAGGGAAUAAUGUUGGUCAUUUCAGUCAAUGUUGCACCCUCUGGUGGUGACACGGAAGCACAACAUUUCUCAUAACAAUACGUCAUCAAACGUUUUUUUUUUUAUUUUCUGAGCUAGCCUUUUGCAAUACUAGCAUUUUGAGGCAGGUUCUGUUGAUCAGUUUGUGAAUCAAUCAAUUCCAUCAUGUAGCAUGUUUGUAUGUUUGUUUGGUACAGUGUCUUUUUUAUUUGUCUGGUAAUCUUUUGUAAUAAUACUAACGAGGUGAGAGGUCUUAUUCGUCCACUACAGGAGCCAGAAACAUUGAUGUCAUUAGUUUUCUUUUUAUACUUGCCACUUUUAAUGCAUUCAAACAUCCAGAUAGUGUGUAAAGUUAGGUGUAGUUAACCUUGUAGGACUCAAAGUACAUACAUUUGUAAAAGAAAUAAAUGCUGUUUUUCUUUCGUGGCAUUAUGACAACUGUGAUUAGAUGUUGGUGCCUUUCAGGUUGAAGCCCUUUUACUUCUGAUGCUACUGUACUGUAAUCAGGGACUGUCAACGCAGACCCAAUGUUAUCGCAAUAUACAUAGCUGUAAUAAUUACUGCUCAAGAAGUUUUAACAUUAAAAUUAUUUUUCUUUCUAAA